CUAUAAAUAACUAUAAAUAACAUUUAUUUAUAACUUGACGGGAUUGUAAUGGCGACGGGAUUGCCCUGAUAAACAAGUUUCCUUAACUGGGAACGGCAAAUGCAUUAUACAAAUAAAAUAAUAAUGUAAGCUGAAUGACACAAGCUAGCUAUACCAUGGCAGAUGAUGACGUAGCUGUUGUCGUUAUUGACAACGGUUCUUAUAAAAUAAAGGCGGGGUUUGCAGGAGAUGAUUGCCAUAGAUCUGUUUUCUCGACAGUAGUUGGACGACCUGGUCGCCCAGCAUAUCAGUUUCACUUGAAGGUAUCUGACAGUGACCAUAAGGACGUUUACGUCGGUGACGAAGCUCAGCGUAGACGUUCAACGCUUAAUUUGAAUUAUCCAAUAGAACAUGGCAUCAUUACGAAUUGGGACGACAUGGAGACGAUUUGGCAGCAUUGUUUAAAGGACGAACUGAGGAUAGACCCGGCGGAGCAUCCGAUAAUUAUGACAGAACCCCCAUUAAAUCCCAAAACGCAAAAAGAAAGGACUGUUCAAGUGAUGUUUGAAAAAUUGAAUGCGUGCGGAUUUUUUCUUGCCUUGUCGUCCAAACUUUCCUUAUACGCUUCCGGUCGUGGUUCAGGUAUCACUGUGGAUGUAGGAGACGGGGUGUCAUAUGCUAUGACGAUUUAUGAAGGGCACUGUAUUAUGCCGGCUACAAGACGACUUGAUUUUGGUGGACGGGAUUUGACACUGAAUCUACAAAAAUUGCUGCACGAGAAAGGAUAUGAUUUUGUAAAUAAUUCUGAAUUGGAGAUCGUUAGAGAAAUUAAAGAAAAGCUGUGUUAUGUAGCUUUAGAUUGUGAACAAGAGGCCGGAAAUGUUCGGGAUGAGAAAUUUGUACUUCCGGAUGGAAACACAAUCACAAUCGGAAAAGAGAGGUUUAUGUGCCCGGAAGCUUUAUUUGGACCUAUCCCGGGUGUAGGAUAUGGAGGUAUAGUGGAUCUGUUGAAGAGUAAUUUGGAUUCAACAGACGUAGACUGCAAAAAAGAUUUAUUAUGCAAUGUCAUUCUGUCAGGAGGAACUACUAUGUUCCCUGGUUUUCCGGAGAGAAUUAGGAAAGGAAUGGAAUCUUUUGUUCCAAAAACGACGAAAGUGAAAGUUAUAGCUUACCCAGAACGUAAAUCGUCAGUGUGGAUUGGUGGAUCUAUAUUAGGAUCUCUAUCCACAUUUCAAAGUUACUGGAUAACAAAACAGGAAUACGAAGAAUAUGGACCAUCAAUCGUGCAUAGGGGAGAUUGACGAAUGGAAAAUGAAAAUAAUCAGAAUUGAAUGGUUCUCAAUAUAAAGCAUUCUGUGUUAUAUCUUCAACAAUGAACAAAUGGACAACAGUCAUUUCAAAAACUGAGAAAAUUGUACCCGUAAUUUUCAAGGUCAUAAAACUAGCAACAAUGAUAUGUGAUAUUGAGUUGGUUUUUAUAUUCUCUUGUCUAUUAAAUAUUUUAUAUCAACUUGUAUAUACAUGAUGAU